CAAGAGGCGCGAGCGCCGCAGCAGGGCACGCCCCCCUUUUGGCGGCAGCCCGCACGUCCCGCCGGCGGGACCCCCCGCCGGGCGGCCGGGCAGACUCCGAGGGCCAUGCCGCGAUGCUGAGGCUUGGGGAUGAGGCCUUCGAGUCGGCCUCGCUGGAGGGCUCCGCCACGGUCUCGGCCAACUUCUCGGGGCUGACGGACCCCAGGCGCACCACCCAGAAGCAGGUCUCCGGCGGGGUCAGCGCGAUCAUGUUCGACUUCGACGGCACCCUGACUGCCACGCCUGGCGACAGGUCCGCCCGGCGGUACAAGAUCGCGGAGCUGAAGGAGCGGUCGGGCAUGCUGCGGCCGUGGCUCGAGAGGCUGGGAGGGGCCGGCAUUGUCAUGGGCAUCAUCUCAAAGAGUACCGAGGACACGAUCCUCACAGCUCUGGGGGUGGCGGGGCUCCUGGAGCUCUUCCAGGGCCCCAUUGUGGGGAAGGCCGUCGGCUUCGAGGGCAAGGCGGGCUUCAUCGAGGCCUUGUGCGAGACCGGCUUGCUCUCGACGCUGCGCCCGGGCAUCUCGGCGCGCAGCGUUUUGCUGGUCGACGACGACAUUCUCGAGCUGAAUCGCUGCCGUGAGCACGGGAUUCAGACGUACCCCGCUCCGCUGGACGGGGGCUUGCAGGACGACGAGUUCCGCGAGGUCUGCCUUCUCCUCGGCAUCCAGGCCCCCGCGAAGCCCAAGGUGACCGAGGCGGCGCGGGAGCCAGCGAGCGUGAGGGGCCUCCGCUGAGCGGGCUCGAGCGGUCGUUUUCCGCGUGCGACCCGUGAAGCGGCGGCUGGUGCGCCUCGGUGCUUUGGCGGCUGCCGCGGCGGCCGAGCGUGCGCAGUUGUGCUGCAUUGAAUUCGCCUCACAGGUUUCGG